GUAUUCUGUUUGAACUAGUACCAUACUUAUGACAGAGUGCGAAGAAUGCUAGCAAGUUAGCUCCCUGAUCUUCAAAGCAUUCACGAUAAAUUUCGGAGCAUUCUCGCCAUUUCCUCAUAUAUGAUGAAGGGGCUUAGCGAUAAAACUAAAGUGUCUUUCUGUCGUGGCGGUGUUUCCUUGACGACUCCGUUAUUUGAAUCAUCUAUGCCAUCCGAAGACCUCUAUGAGGGAUACCGUCCUGAGAAGAUCCAUCAAAUGCAAGAUGGUGCAAACGACGUUUAUUUUCACAACUAUGAGCCUGUUGAUGACUACAUCGCAGCGCCUAUUCCAGUAUCCCAUGGAGAUCUGAAUAGAUGCAUGGAAGUGUAUGAGCGAAAGUCCAGCAAUGUGAAACCUACUUUUUACGGUGAGACAACGAACCGUUCAUAUUUCACUUGGAAAGAUCCGGUUCAUACUACAAGGGUCCCAUCGCUGUCAGAGAAGAAAGAAAGCGUCGUACCAUUUUACUCGCAAACGACUAAUAGAGAGGCGUACUCACCCAAAGUGACGCAUAACGCUGCAGUGAAAAGAUCUAUGGAGUUAGCUUCAUUGCAAGGACCACUCGCUUUUGAAAACAGCAAUUUUUUGAACUCUACACGUGAGGCAUCAGUGCAGGUGUGUGAACAACCAUCACCAAGCUGCUGGAGUGCUGAAAAAGGACUCAACGGAGGGACUUCGGCCAAGCACAACGCCCUUGUUCGGAUACCUCAGCAAGCUUGCCCAGUUGAGCGGAUUAUUAGAAUGAAGAGUUGUAAAAAGCGAUACACGAGUGGACAUUGGUGGAUCCGUACACCAAAGGCAGUGCUUGAAGAAAACAACAACAGUGCGUAUGUUGAACUUCAUGCUGCAUAA